GCCCAGCAGGGUCGCACCCCGCUCCCCCAGCACCCCCAGGACAAGCCAAGGGUGGGCACAAGGCCCCACCUCCCAUGGACCACCGCCCCGGCACAGCUCCUCAGCUCCGGAACCAUUUGGAGAUGCCACCAGAGAAGGAGAGCAGAUCCCGGCGGCGAGAACGGGACCUUUCGCCUUCCCGGUGGGAUUGGGACUGCCCCGCCACGCGGCGCCGGCUGGAAGAGCUGUAUUUCCGCGAGCAGGAUUACAUCGGAGCCGGCUCCGAGGAUGUCCGCAACUUUUGGGCUUUCUUCGAGCGCCUCCGGCAUUUCCAGAGCCGGAAAACCGAACGCGAACCAAGCCCCGGCCACCACGACCAAGCGGAGCCCCCCGCCGCCGCCCGCCGCCUCGACCUUCCCCGCCGUUACGACCGCCCCCGGUACCGCGUCAACCUCUCGGUGCUGAGCGCCGACGUGGAGGACACGAUCCGAGGCCGGCGAGGAGACUCCGGCGUUCCCCGGGAACGCCUCACCGAAUUCCGCGCCGCUUUGCUGCACUACCUGGACUUCACCCAAAAACAAAGCUUCGCCAAACUGGCCAAACUCCAACGGGAACGAGCGGCGCUUCCCAUCUCCCAAUACCGGGACCGGCUCCUCCGCGCCGUGGCUCAAAACCAAGUGGUGGUGGUGGCCGGCGAUACCGGCUGCGGUAAAUCCACGCAGGUGCCUCAGUUCUUGCUGGUGGCCGGUUAUAGCCACGUGGCUUGUACCCAACCUCGCCGAAUCGCCUGCAUCUCGCUGGCCAAACGCGUGGGUUUCGAGAGCCUGCACCAGUACGGAAACCAGGUCUCCUUCUCCUUCUCCUUCUCCUUCUCCUUCUCCUUCUCCUUCUCCUUCUCCUUCUCCUCCCGUGGGGGGGGGCUGCGGCGGCCCCAAGUGCAGGGGGAGCCGACGCUGCCCGGGUACCACGUCCUGAUCGCCGACGAGGUUCACGAGCGGCACCUCCACAGCGAUUUCCUCCUGGGGGUCCUGCGGCGCCUCCUGCCCUCCCGGCCGGACCUUAAGUUGGUGCUGAUGUCGGCGACCAUCAAUAUCCGCCUUUUUUCGGGGUAUUUUGGGGGUGCCCCCGUGCUGCAGGUGCCGGGAAGAAUCUUCCCCAUCUCGGUCAUCUACCAACCCAUCCCUAAGGAAGAAGCGCCGGCAGUCGGAAAAUCAGGGAAAUCGGAGCGCCUGGAUCCCCUCCCCUACCUGCGGGUGCUGCAAGCCAUCGACCACAAGUACCCACCGGAGGAACGCGGGUACCUGCUGGUCUUCCUCAGCGGGGUGCCCGAGAUCGGCGCCGUGCUGGAGGCGGCGCAGGCUUACGCCGCGCAGACCCAACGCUGGAUCGUGCUCCCCCUGCACAGCACCCUCUCCGUCGCGGAGCAGGACAAGUCUGUGCUUCUCUCUCAGUUGAAGAGCAUGGGGUUGGGCGACCCCCGGACCUUCCCCUUCCUGGAGCCGCCCCCCUCAUCCAGCCUGGAAACGGCCGUGCGGUACCUGAAGGACCAAGGAGCCCUGGAUGAGGCUGAAGACUUGACCCCCAUCGGGAACCUCCUGGCCCAGCUGCCGGUGGACGUGGUGGUUGGCAAGAUGCUGGUCCUGGGCACCCUGUUUGGGCUGGCCGAGCCCACCCUGACCACGCCCCUUAUCCCCCCCGCAGACCCCGUGGAGGGGCUGAGCUGCCACCACCAGCUCCUCGCCUUUGUCUCGCUGCUGGAGACCACCAAACCCUACCUGGUGAACUGCGUCCGCGUACCAGCCCUACAGGCUCUCCUGCUCUUCUCCCGUUCGCUGGACACCAACGCGGACUGCGCCCGCCUGGUAGCGGACGGAUGGUUGGAAAUCACCGUCCCCGAUGCCGACUCUGCCCUGCGCCUGCUCUCCGCGGCUCUGCAGCUUCGCUCCACUUGGGAAAAACUCCUCCACCAACUGCUGGAAGGGCGAGGAGAGGAAUCGGGCCCCCGGCCUAGCUCCCGGGACGUAUCCAUGCUCACCCGGGGGCUGCUGGACUUCCUGCGGAUGGAGGUGCCGUAUCGCCUGCGCCAACUCACCGGGCUGGAGAAACAAAACCUCUACAUCGGUCCCCAAACCGUGGCUGCCGCUCCCCGGCUCCCGGGGCUUUUCCAAGAGACGGAGAUGAAGCCCGACGAGGUGAAAGGCGGCCACAGGGUGACCGAUUUUCUCACCUACAACUGCUUGGCUACGGACACGGAUCUCUACAGCGACUGCCUGCGGAGCUUCUGGACCUGUCCCCACUGCGAUCUCCACAUGCCCUUCACCCCUCUGGAGCGCAUGUGCCACCAAAACGCUUGCCGGCCCGCCGAGGCCCCUCCAGAAGAAGCAUCCGAAAACUCCUCCAAAACUUCCGCCCUCCACCGACCCUACCACUGCGACGUCUGCCAGCAGGAUUUCACCUUCACCCCCACGGAGAUCCUGCGGCACAAGAAGCAGCACCGCUGACCCCUUGGGGGGGGGGCCUC